AUGCCUUCAAAGAGCAAGAAGAGUUCCCAAAAAUCCUCAAAACCCUCGAAAUUUGACCAUGGCGGCAACACCCCUUCAUCACCAUCGUCAAUAUCGUCAUCGUUCAAUCUCAACCAGCAUUCAUCAGAACCAACUGAAGAAGAGCUGCUAUUGUCGCUGGACGAAGCUUCUAAGAAGUUUCCAUCUCUUAUUUCUCAAAAUGCUUUUAUUGGCAGAUUGCUGGAAAAUCCCGACGCUGCCGCAACUGAUAGGAGAGGCUGCAAAAUUUGGCUCUCUGAAUCUGCCAUGAUCUCUUCGUCCAUUUCUCCUGGCUCCCUUGUCUCGGUCUCCCUUGCUCCUUUGGAGAAAGAUCUAAGUGGCUUUCCUCUUAGCUCAUUAUCAAAUGAAUGUGCUAAGUGCUUAAGGUUUGAGUUUGCUGAAAAUUUGGCUGAUGAAGCUGGAAAUUACUUUGCCCUUGCUACUGUAUUCGCUUCUUGUAAGGUUUUGAAGAAUGGAGUGCGCUUGUCUUCAAAUCUUUCAUGUAUGAUGGGUUGUCCAGUUCCAGACAGGAUUGUUUUCGUUAAUCCUGUUAAGUAUCAACCCCUGACUAACAAUUGGGGUAAGUCAUAUGGCCAUGCUGCCAGUUCUCUGUCAAUAAACAUCUGCAAGGAGCUACAUCUGUUACUGAUAUCUGCAAAGAACAACUAUACCAUGGAAAGUACUGCAUCAACCCACCUCAAUAUGCACAGGGGAACACCAAAAGUUCAAGUUCAAAAUAGCAAGAUUUUAUCCCCGAAGACACCCUUGCUUGUAGAGUCUAAACUUAGGUUGCCUCCAUCAAAUCAGGAUGAGUCAGCACCAGAGAACACACCCUUUAUGGAGGAAGUUUUAGGGGAUGAUUCUACAAAGAAACUCCUGCAGACCUGCAUAGCUUCGUGGUUGUGUUCACGAGUUUUUCUCCGUGGAAAUUUUGUGAUAGUUCCGGGGACAAAAAUUCAUUUACAAUCACCAGAAAAUGCAAAAGAUAUUUUGGGAGUCAAUUUCACAAAGUUGGGAGGUCUUUCCAAAGAAUUUGCAUCUUUAAAAGAUAAUAUAAUUCGCUCAGUAGUAAAGGCUACCGAUGCAAGAUAUGGAUUCGGGCCUAUGAGGGGAGUGCUUCUUCACGGUCCUCCAGGAACAGGAAAGACUUCUUUGGCUCUAUCGUGUGCUCAUGAUGCUGGUGUUAAUCUAUUUUCUGUGAAUGGACGUGAAAUUACAGAUCAGAAUCAUGGAGAUGGUGUAGAAGCAUUACUUGAUAUCUUUGAUAUAGCUAGUAAAGCUGCACCUGCUGUGGUCUUCAUUGAUGAGUUGCAUGCCAUCGCACCUGCACGAAAUGAUGGAGGAGAAGAGCUUUCCCAUAGAAUGGUUGCAGCUCUGUUGGAUUUAAUGGAUGGGAUUAACAGAACUGAUGGUAUAUUUAUUAUUGCUGCAACAAACCAGCCUGACAGAAUUGACCCUGCACUUAGACGGCCUGGAAGGCUUGACAAAGAAAUUGAAAUAGGCGUUCCAUCUCCUAUGCAACGCUAUGAAAUACUGCUUGCCCUUCUUAGUGACGUGCGGCAUUCGCUUUUGGACGAGGAUAUUCGACAUCUUGCAGAGACCACUCAUGGUUUUGUUGGCGCUGAUCUAGCUGCUCUCUGUGAAACAGCAAUCAUGGUUCACCUUCAGCAAUAUGUUAACUUGGAAAUCUCUUAUGAUUCAGAUUGCGAAUCAUCAACUACUGCUUGCAAUGCAGAUUGCCAAACAUCAACUCAUUCAUGUAAUGUUUGUUCAGAUGGUGAUAUAGAUGCCUCCUGUAACUUGGAAAAUACUCAGGAAAGUAACUCGGACGCAACUUUUUCAUCCAUUUCAGAAAUUCAAAAUUCAGCAGAAAAUCUUCCCCGGAUCGAAGUAAAUGGAACAUGUGAUGUAGAAGAAGACAAUUUAAGAGUGACGUUUGAAGACUUCAAGAAGGCUAGAGAGAAAGCAAAGCCGAGUGCCAUGAGAGAGAUAAAACUUGACUUCCCAAAAGUUGGAUGGGAAGAUGUUGGUGGCCAGAGUGUUGCUAAGACGGAGUUAAUGCAAGCCAUUUUGUGGCCCCAGAAGCACAAGGAUGCUAUCAAACGAAUUGGGACCCACCCUCCUUCUGGUAUAUUAUUAUUUGGUCCUCCAGGAUGCAGCAAAACUUUAUUGGCGCGCGUAGUUGCUUGUGAAGCUGGAUGGAAUUUUUAUGCAGUAAAGGGCCCUGAGCUUUAUGACAAAUGGGUUGGUGAAUCUGAAAAGAACGUGAAGUCUUUAUUUCAAAAGGCAAGGGCAACGGCCCCAUCAAUUAUAUUUUUUGAUGAAAUAGAUGGACUUGUCACAACUCGUGGGGAAGAAGGUGAUGGGGUUUCAGUUGGCGACCGGGUUAUAACUCAAUUACUUAAUGAAUUGGAUGGUGUGCGUGAAAGAGUUGAUGUCACCAUUAUUGCUGCUACAAAUCGGCCAGAUAAGAUUGACCCUGCUCUUCUAAGACCAGGACGUUUUGAUCGACUUCUUUAUAUCGGACUACCAGAUGAAAAGGAUCGCGAGGAUAUAUUCCGUGUUCAUUUGCGCUCGAGGGCAUGUAGUUCUGAUGUAUGCAUUGAAGAACUCGCUUGUCUUACUGAAGGAUACACUGGUGCUGAAAUAAAAAAGAUCUGCAAUGAUGCAGGUGUAGCGGCUUUGGAGGAGGACCCAACUGAUGGGGUAAUAAAAAUGGAGCAUUUGAGAGCUGUGAUACAAGAAGUCCAGCCAUCUGAUUACGAGUUUUAUGAGAAGUUGUCCACCGAGUUUCUGACACGUUUUUACUCAACUCCCUAUGAAAAAUAUUCGGCUCAUCGACCUCGCUCAAGGAAACCAAAUGAUAUAUCUUUCUGGAGCCUAAUACAAUCUACUGUGCAUUUUCUGUACCGGCUCCCAAAAACCAUUUUGCAACCAGAUUCUUCUUGA